AUGUUUAAAUGCUUCACUCAGAGCUCUCGGAAACCACUUCUCACAGAACAAGCCCGCACUAGGGCAUUGCCAUUAGCUGAUUCGGGGAACGCUCGUGGUGGGGACUCCAAGGAGGCAGAGACUACUGAUGAUGACAGGGAGGCUCUGGUCAAUAUUGGGGUGUUGGAAGUGAAGUAA